AUGGAUUCAUCUGACAUUCAAAGGAAAAAAAUCGCUGUCAUUGGUGGCGGCUUGGUUGGAUCACUGAAUGCAUGCUUCCUUGCAAAGAGGAAUUUCCAAGUUGAUGUGUAUGAAGCUAGGGAAGAUAUCCGAGUGGCUAAAUCGGCACGUGGAAGAAGCAUUAACUUGGCCCUUUCUCACAGAGGACGGCAGGCCUUGAAAGCCAUUGGCCUAGAAGAUCAGAUUGUAUCUCAAGGUAUUCCCAUGAGAGCAAGAAUGAUUCACUCUUUUUCAGGAAAAAAGUCUGCAAUUCCCUAUGGGACAAAGUCACAGUAUAUUCUUUCUAUAAGCAGAGAAAAUCUAAACAAGGAUCUAUUAACUGCUGUUGAGAAAUAUCCCAACGUGAAGGUGUACUUUGGCCACAAGCUGUUGAAAUGUAAUCCUGAGGAAGGAAUGAUCACAGUAAUUGGAUCUGACAGUGUUCCCAAAGAUGUCACUUAUGACCUCAUUGUAGGAUGUGAUGGAGCCUAUUCAACUGUCAGAACUCACCUCAUGAAGAAACCCCGCUUCGAUUACAGUCAGCAGUACAUUCCUCAUGGCUAUAUGGAGCUGACCAUUCCCCCUAAGAAUGGGGAGUUUGCCAUGGAACCUAAUUAUCUGCACAUUUGGCCUAGAAAUACCUUCAUGAUGAUCGCACUUCCUAACAAGAACAAAUCUUUCACGUGUACGUUGUUCAUGCCCUUCGAAGAGUUUGAGAAACUCCUAACGAGCAGAGAUGUGCUGGAUUUCUUCUACAAGUACUUUCCGGACUCCGUGCCUCUAAUGGGAGAGCGAGCCCUGACACGAGAUUUCUUCCUGUUGCCUGCCCAGCCCAUGAUCUCUGUGAAGUGUUCUCCUUUUCACUUUAAGUCACGCUGCGUGCUAUUGGGCGACGCAGCCCACGCCAUAGUGCCCUUUUUUGGGCAAGGAAUGAAUGCGGGCUUUGAAGACUGCUUGGUGUUUGAUGAGUUAAUGGAUAAAUUCAGUAAUGACCUUAGUAUGUGUCUUCCCGAAUUCUCAAGAUUUAGAAUUCCAGAUGACCACGCGAUUUCAGACCUGUCCAUGUACAACUACAUAGAGAUGCGAGCACAUGUCAAUUCGAGAUGGUUCAUCUUCCAAAAGCAUCUGGUGAGGUUUCUUCAUGCUGUCAUGCCAUCUACCUUUAUCCCCCUGUACACCAUGGUCACGUUUUCUAGAAUAAGAUACCAUGAGGCGGUGCGGCGCUGGCAUUGGCAAAAAAAGGUGAUAAAAAAAGGAUUCUUUUUCUUUGGAACACUGAUAGCCAUUGGUAGCACCUACCUGCUUGUGCGCUUCAUGUCGCCGACACCCCUGGACUACUUGAGAAGACCAUGGGACUGGGUCACUGAUUUCCGGAACACAGGACAUGUUUCACUUCAAACCCCGUGGAGUAGUCUCUAGGACAAAUCUCCAGGGCCAUU